AGGCCGCGCUCUGGGGGGCCGCCAUGUCGGCCUCCGCCUGCGCCCUGAUCCUGACAAAGCCAGAGACCGCGGACCGGAGGAGGAGUGUAGGGACGGCUGAACAGGCCGGGUGUCCCCCGGAGAUGGCUGUGUCGGAACCCGGGGGCAGCGCCGCGGGAUCGGUAACAUUCAAAGAUGUGACUAUGGCCUUUACCAAGAAGGAAUGGGAGCAACUAGAUCCUGCUCAAAAGAGCCUGUACAAGGAUGUGAUGCUGGAGAAUUACAGCAACCUAGCCUCAAUGGGGUAUCAAGCUCUCAAACCAGACAUGAUAUCCAAGUUGGGAAAAGGAGAAGAGCCAUGGCUGGGGAAGGGGAAAAGACCCAGACAAAGUGGUCUGAGUGAAAUAACAAGACCCAAGGGAAUAGGAGCCAAUGGAAAAGAAGUCCAGCAAGAUGAUGACCAGCUAGAGAACCACCAGGAAUCUCAAAACAAACUCCUUAGGGAAGUUGCUUUCAAGAAAACAACUCUGACUAAGAAAAAGGGCCAUGAAUGUAGUUCUUUGCGGAAAAAAAAUGUGAGUACAAAAUAUGUUCCUUCAAAAAAAAAGCUUCUUAAAUUUGAUUCACAUGGAAAGAAUUUAGACUUACCUGGUCAUGUAAGAAAUUAUGUAGAAAAGAAACCUGAUGUAGCUAAAGAGCAUACGAAAUCAUUCAGCCAUAGCUUAUCUGAUACAAAGAAAGACAAAAAUCAAACUGGAAAAAAAUGUGAGAAAUUACCCAACCAUAGCUCAUCUAAUAGGCCUGACAAAACUCAAACUGGCAAGAAACAUACUGAACAGGACAAAAUUCAAACUGGAGAAAAACAUAAGGAAUCAUCCAGCCAUAGCUCAUCUCCUACUAAGCGUGACAAAACUCAGAAUAAAGUGAAACCAUAUGAAUGUAAUGAAUGUGGGAAGGUUCUUAGCCACAAACAAGGACUCGUUGACCAUCAGAGAAUUCAUACAGGUGAGAAACCAUAUGAAUGUAAUGAAUGUGGGAUAGCCUUUAGCCAAAAAUCACACCUUGUUGUGCACCAGAGAACUCACACUGGAGAAAAACCAUAUGAGUGUAUUCAGUGUGGCAAAGCCCAUGGUCAUAAACAUGCCCUCACUGACCAUCUGAGAGUUCAUACUGGGGAAAAGCCCUAUGAAUGUACUGAAUGUGGGAAAACCUUCAGACAUAGCUCAAACCUUAUUCAACAUGUGAGAUCUCAUACAGGCGAGAAGCCCUAUGAAUGUAAGGAAUGUGGAAAGUCCUUUAGGUAUAACUCAUCUCUUACGGAACAUGUGAGAACUCAUACAGGUGAAAUACCAUACGAAUGUAAUGAAUGUGGAAAAGCCUUUAAGUAUAGCUCAUCCCUUACUAAACAUAUGAGAAUUCAUACAGGUGAGAAACCCUUUCAAUGUAGUGAAUGUGGGAAAGCUUUCAGCAAGAAGUCGCACCUCAUUAUACAUCAAAGAACUCAUACUAAAGAGAAACCCUAUAAAUGUAAUGAAUGUGGAAAAGCCUUUGGACAUAGCUCAUCUCUUACUUACCAUAUGAGAACUCAUACAGGUGAAAGUCCUUUUGAAUGCAAUCAAUGUGGGAAGGCUUUCAAGCAAAUUGAAGGUCUUACUCAACAUCAGAGAGUUCAUACUGGGGAGAAGCCCUAUGAAUGUAAUGAAUGUGGGAAAGCCUUUACCCAAAAGUCACACCUCAUUGUACAUCAGAGAACUCAUACUGGGGAGAAACCCUAUGAAUGUAAUGAAUGUGGAAAAGCAUUCAAUGCAAAGUCACAACUUGUUAUACAUCAGAGAUCCCACACUGGAGAGAAACCUUAUGAAUGUAAUGAAUGUGGAAAAGCCUUCAAACAAAAUGCAUCCCUUACUAAACAUAUGAAAACUCAUUCAGAAGAGAGAUCUCAUGAGUGAAAUUAGUGUGGGAAAUCUGAACUAAAGGUUUUAUUUAAUCUUAGAAGUAUUCUAACUUUAAAGAAUGUUAGAAAGCUUUUAACAAGAAGUCAUACCUCGUUACACAUGAGAGAAUUUGAAAAUGAGUCAUCACAUGGAAGAAAUGGAUGGAGAGUUUAAACCUUUUAUAUAAAAUAUUUUAAAAAUAAUUAUUAUAGGGCUUCCCUGGUGGCGCAGUGGUUGAGAGUCCACCUGCCAAUGCAGGGGACACGGGUUUGUGCCCCGGUCUGGGAAGAUCCCACAUGCCGUGGAGUGGCUAGGCCCUUGAGCCAUGGCCGCUGAGCCUGCGCAUCCGGAGCCUGUGCUCCGCAAUGGGAGAGGCCACAACAGUGAGAGGCCCGCGUACCACACACACAAAAAAUUAUUAUAAAUGAUCUAUAUAUUCAGAUUGAAAAUAAAGCUUUUAAAAUUGUUAAAAAUUGAAUAAUCAGAGCACUAGAGAAACAAAUUACAUUUUCUGACAAUUCCUGAGUUGCUUGAGGGUUGUGUACUUAAGCACCACAUACGAGAAUUGAAUUUGCAUAUCUGUUUAUUGCCAUGUAUAAAUGUGUGUGACCAUUGGUAUGAGUUUCAUCUUUGAUGCUAUCAUGCAGCUCUUCUUAUUGUCUUUGCUAGUCCCUGCGUCAGCAGAAAACUUUAUAAAAGGGUUAUUAUCUAUGUUAAAAAAAUGUUAACACAAAAUUAAGAGAAAAUGAAAGUAAUCAGCUGAGAACACACAGGUGCUGGUAGGGAAUGCUAUCCAAGAUAUAUUGUUGAGUGAAAAAAGCAGGUUGCUCAACUGUGUAUAUAGUUUGUUCCCACUUGUGUACAAAAGGGUGUGUGUGUUUUCCUGUCUGUCUGUGUGUAUGUAUGUAUGUAUUUGUGUAUAUAUACGUAUAUUUAUAUGUGAGUAGAUUGGUUUGAAAAAUUACAAAAGAAACUUAGUGGUUGCCAUUGGGCACAGGACUACAGGAAUGGGGUCUGGGAUGGGAGGGAGACCUCCUUUUUAUUGUAUACUCUUUAAAUUUUUAAAUCAUGUACAUAUACUAUUUUCACAAUUAAAAUCCUUUUAAUAUGUAUAAAUCAAUACUAAUGAAAAUUUUCACUGAACCUACUCCAUGAUGUCAUUUGACAAAGUAAGAGUUUCUAUGCUUAUUCAUG